UUCUAUCCCUGUCAUCACCUCAGAACCUUCCAAUCUCCCCAAAGCAGAAGCAACUAAAAUACGUUCAUCAUGAAGACAAUUAUUGCCGUUGGACUUGCCAUUUGUGUCCUUGCUCUUGUAGCAGACAGUUUCGCACACAGUGGAGAAGACGAUGCGAAGGACGGACGACUCUGCAGAACUGCUGGGGAAACAAUUCUAACUACCAAACCGGACGGAUAUUCGAAAUCUUGCGUUUGCCAGGCCCCGACGACCACGACCACAUCGGCUACCACCACCUCAACGACACGACCAACCCGAAGACCACGACCGGCGAAGAAUACUUGGAAGUGUACCACCACUAAGGCUACAACAACCAGCACGACCACGACUGCUUUGCCUUGAGAAAAUCCUGUUAAAUUCUACCACAUCUAGUUAUAAAUUUUAAGACAAAAUCUAAAUUUGAAAUUUUACUCGUAAUAAGUAAUUCCAAUUAGAGGUGUUGAACAUAACAUUAAAUUUCAAUUCCAUACCGGAUAUAAUCGACUUAUUCAAUUAUUAAUCGCUAAGGACAAAAUGAACACAGUUUAUUUUCCAUUUUGAUCUGUCGUCCUGCCUUGAGCUUUGGAGAUUUUUAAUCAAACACUAAAAAUACCAAGAAAUAUCCAUCCAUAAGAUUACUUUGAUAUUGGAAAAUAUCAAAUUUUGUCGUCGUUAUGCCGCACAAAUUCUGUAUAAAAAUUUUUUUGUAAGCCAAAA